GCUAUUUUAUGCAGGAAUGUAUAUAAUUGAAUAUAUAUUCUUUUUCUCAUUGGCCGUUGGCCUCAAAAUUCGAACUAGGGCAUGGUGAAUGUUUUUCAUCUCCAUGUUACCACUAGGCCUAUCCUUUAAGAAGUAUAGAUGAGUGAAGUUAAGUAUUACAUGUAUUCAAAGGGAGACUUUUUUUUCUUCUAAAAAACAAGACUAUUCGAUUUCAUUGGCUAAUGUGGUGCUACAAACAAAUGAAAUUAGUACGGGUGACAUGUUUAAUUAUAGACUUUUCACUUUUUAGUUAGGAUCAGAGCAGUGGCGGACCCAGAAAUUUUUUAUAGGGGUGUCCUCUUUUAAAAAAUAAAUUAAAUAAAAAUAAAAUCGUAAAUAUGAAAAUACCUUACUCGUACAGAUUAAAAAAGUCGAUGUGUUUUCAUAUUCGAAAAUAAUUGUAGAAUACACUUUGUGUUUAUAGUGUUAAAAAAAAUUCUCUAUAUACCCUACUAGACAAUCAUUCAGGAACUUAUCGCAUAUUCGAUUUGUAAACUUGUUCUUGAUGUAACCUAAAGCUGAAAGACUCUUCAACACUUUUCGUACAAUCAUAAAAUCAAUACAAAUUAAGGGUAGAUUGAAAUUAGUUUAGAUUGAAAUAAUUAGAGAUAGGGAAUGACUUUUACUAUUACACAUUGUUCAAAAUCGAACACCAAAUGAGUUGUAGCUCAACGAAAAUUAAGUUUAUUAAUAAUUAUAGUGUUCUAGAUUUGAAUUACCCAACCUACCAUUUAUAUUUUUAUACACAAAUGACAGUAGGAUAAUCAUUUUUUCAAAUUUCAGGGGUGUCCCUCACUAUCAAUUAUAUUUUUUUGUCUAUACGUAAAUUACCACCGAGAGUUGGAUAAUCAUUUUCCCGAAAUUUAGGGGUGUCCGGGGACACCCUAAAACCCCCUGGGUCCGCCCCUGGAUCAGAGACUAAAUCAUGCCGGAAAGAUUUUACGAUUGAUACUUGGAUAGCCUUAAAUUAAAUUCCCAAAUAGUUUAGCUUGGAACACCACAUCAUCAAAGCUGUAUGCAGAUAAUAUUCAACGUUUUUACACCGAAAUACAUGUGAGCAUAUCAGGUCGGAUCGGAAUCAGCAUUUUCUUUUUCGUUUGUUGGUAGUCAAACAUAAUUAUUUUAUUUGAACGAUUCUAUAAUAAUGGAUUAGUUUAGUGCAACGUGGAUCCAACGUGGAUAUUCAUCAUUGGAUAAGACUACCGCAACUUCUCCACUGGAAGAAUUGAAAGCUGCAGACCAGAUAAGCAGAGAAAGACACAACACAACGAGAAAGAGAGAAUAAGAACAGAUCAACUCAGAUUAACCGCAAGGCCAGAGGGGAAAAAAUGGCGCCCCUGUCAAUUUCUCGUUACAGUGGUAACUUCAAAUCUCUCAGUAUAAAUACCUCCCAAAUCGUCCGUCCAAUCUCAAUCCGAUCACCGUUUGCCCGCUCAAUUCGUUUCUGCAAUCUGCUUCUCCGCACCACCACCAAGCUCUCUGUUUCUUCUUCUGGUACUUUACUUCCUCUGUUUUUCCCUUUCCUUCCCGAGAAAAGGGUAUUCGUUCGUUUUUGUUUUCUCCUAGGGACUAACGGCUUUUCUAUUUCUGGGUCCUUCCUCCAUAUCUCGGAACUCGCAGUAUCUCUAACGAUUAUAACAAACCGAGAUCCGAAACAAUGACGAUUAAACCGGCGGUUCGGAUCUCCGACAAGAAGCUAAUCGUCAAAGACCGGGCCAUUCUCGCCGGAGUGCCGGACAAUGUGGUGGCGACGUCGAGCUCCGACUCGGGCCCGGCGGCGGGAGUCUUCGUCGGAGCGAUGCUCGACGAAGAAAGCAGCCGCCACGUGGUUCCGUUAGGCCGUCUCCGUGACGUCCGGUUCAUGUCCUGCUUCCGGUUCAAGCUAUGGUGGAUGGCUCAAAGAAUGGGGGAGCGAGGGAGGGAUAUUCCGUUAGAGACGCAGUUCUUGCUCGUCGAGACCAAGAGCGGGUCCCACCUCGCAUCCGACGGCGGAGAUGGAGUCAAUCAGAUCGUCUACACCGUCUUCCUCCCUCUGAUCGAGGUCUCUUUCCGCGCCUGCCUUCAGGGGAACCAAAACGACGAGCUGGAGCUCGUUUUGGAGAGCGGCGAUGAGGGCAUCAAAGCGUCGUCGUUUACUCACUCCCUGUUCGUUCACGCCGGCACGGAUCCGUUCGCCACGAUAACGGAGGCGAUGACGGCCGUUAGGUCGCAUCUCCAGACGUUCCGCCUCCGUCACGAGAAGAAGCUCCCCGGAAUCGUCGAUUACUUCGGGUGGUGCACGUGGGACGCGUUUUACCAGGACGUGACGCAGGAAGGCGUCGAGGCCGGGCUCCAGAGCCUCGCCGGCGGCGGGACGCCGCCGAAGUUCGUGAUAAUCGACGACGGAUGGCAGUCCGUCGGCGGAGAUCCGGAGAAAGAGACCUCCAAUUCGCAGCAACAACAGCCGUUGAUGAGAUUGACCGGAAUCAAGGAAAACCCUAAAUUUCAGAACCAUGAAGAUCCGGCGGCGGGGAUCAAGAGCAUCGUCAACAUCGCCAAACAGAGGCACGGAUUGAAAUUCGUCUACGUCUGGCACGCAAUCACCGGAUACUGGGGCGGCGUCCGGCCGGGGGUGAAGGAGAUGGAGGGGUACGAAUCGGCGAUGAAGUAUCCGAUGGUGUCGAAGGGAGUCGUGGAGAAUGAGCCGACGUGGAAGACUGAUGUGAUGGCGGUUCAGGGGUUAGGGCUCGUGAAUCCGAAGAGUGUGCACAAGUUCUACAACGAGCUCCACAGCUAUUUGGCGGCAGCAGGAAUCGACGGUGUGAAGGUGGAUGUUCAGUGCAUACUGGAAACUCUCGGCGGAGGUUUGGGUGGAAGAGUGGAGCUUACAAGGCAGUAUCAUCAAGCUCUUGAUGCCUCGGUAGCGAGGAAUUUCCCUGACAAUGGCUGCAUCGCUUGUAUGAGCCAUAAUACGGACGCAUUGUAUUGUUCGAAGCAGACGGCGGUGGUGAGGGCCUCGGACGAUUUCUACCCACGGGAUCCGGUGUCGCACACGAUUCACAUAGCGGCGGUGGCGUACAACAGCGUGUUCUUGGGUGAAAUUAUGCAACCGGAUUGGGAUAUGUUCCAUUCCCUCCAUCCCGCGGCGGAGUAUCAUGCCUCUGCUCGGGCUAUCAGCGGCGGUCCGGUCUAUGUCAGUGAUGCGCCGGGAAAGCACAACUUCGAGCUGCUGAGGAAGCUGGUUCUACCUGACGGGACGAUCCUCAGAGCUCUGCUGCCAGGCAGACCCACCAGGGACUGUUUGUUCUCCGAUCCAGCUCGCGACGGUGUCAGUUUGCUAAAGAUAUGGAACAUGAACAAGUUCUCAGGCGUGCUAGGUGUUUACAACUGCCAAGGAGCAGCAUGGAACACAUCCGAGAGGAAGAACACGUUCCACCAAACGAGGAACGAUGCACUUACGGGCUCCAUUCGAGGCCGAGAUGUUCAUCUCAUCAGAGAAGCAUCAGUGGGCUCGAAAUGGAGUGGCGACUGUGCAGUCUACUGUCACGGCUCUGGCGAACUCACCACCCUUCCGUACAAUGCAUCCCUCCCUGUGUCGCUUAAGGUGCUCGAGUUCCGGAUCUUCACCGUUGCACCUAUCGAGGUCUUGGCUCAAGAAGUAAGCUUCGCGCCAUUGGGGCUGAUUGAAAUGUACAAUGGUGGUGGAGCCAUCCAGGGGCUGAAGUACUAUGAAGUUGGAAAAGUGAGGAUGGAAGUGAAGGGGUGUGGAAAGUUCGGAGCUUUCUCUUCGACAAAGCCUAAGAAGUGCAGCGUGGAUUCGAAUGCAGUUGCUUUCGAGUAUGAGACGUCUUCUGGGUUGAUUGCUUUCACCCUGGACAACUUGCCUGAAGAGGGGAAAUUUCAUGAGGUCGAAGUGGAGCUAUAAACUUAUGGAAGAUAUCUAUUUAUCAUCUUAUUUAUCGUUGAACAUGUGCUAUAGCCUAGAUAUACAACUACUUAGCGUUGAAAUGGCGGGUAUGGUCUACUAGUAAAUUGUGGGAUCUAUACAUUUGGAGAUCUAUAGCUUAGAGAGACAUCAAUGUCAGAAUAAAACUUCUCUAUAUGGGAUAGUCUGUGCAAUGUAAGAAUUAGAUAAAACUGAGACAUUGAG